AACGUUCGCUUUCGUCGCAUCAGAUUAUGGAAGGCGAAGAAAUCAACCCCCUACUGUAUAUUCUGACUCAAACAGGCAUAAUGAAUUUCGUAAAUAUGAUCAAUUCUACAUAGCUGCUGCGAAACAAAGUAUUACAGAAGGUAGAAAUGAUACAAUUAGGAACGGAAGAAAAAACAAAUCACGUCGGAAAAUUAAAAAGCGUCUUCCAAGGCGGAGGACUUCUGUCAACAACACCGCGUUCGACUUCCCAAGCACAAAGAAUGAAGUAAAAUUAGAAAACAAAUAUCCCGGAGGCAGAGAAAGUAUCCACAAUGAGCGAAACGAAAUGGAAAACGAAAACAAUUUUCCGUUUCGGCGGGAAACAAAAGAAAGGAAUGCUCCAAAGACUCCGUGCGUUUGUAGGUGGAGUUUGCAAAAUUGUGGAUGCAGAUGCAAUGGUUCUCUUUCGUAUGAUGAUUUCCAGGAACUGUCUCGGGCUUUUAAAAUGUGUCGGAACUUUUCAUUCUCAAUUACAGGCGGCGAGCAUUACGCCCUGCCACCUAAUCUUUUUUCCAAUAUUGGCAUCGUCGGCAACAUCCAAUUAAAUGUUACCAAUGCUACUUUCGAAUACCUUUUUGAUCCUACCCCAAAUACUUCAGCUUUCAAAGGGGUCCGCUUCAGAGACAGUGCUGUUAUCAAGAUAUCAGGAGUAAAAGUCAGAAGAGGUUGGAACUGGACACCAUUAGUGUAUCUCAAGGGGUUUACCUCCACUGGAGCAGACUUAGAGCUCAGAGGCUGUGGACUGCGACGACUUUCGUCCGAUUUCUCGAGGAUUCUGGAUGGUGAUGUUGAUACGCUAAGCAUAUCUAACAGCAGACUGGAGAUGAUAGCCGGUGGUUCCUUUGCAAGUUUUGAAAAUAUUUCGCGGCUUUUUUUGCCACAAAAUCAUGUGCAGUCGUUAAGAAGAUCUGAUUUUCCUCCGAAACCCCAGAAUUUGGCUGAAAUUGACUUGAGAGAGAAUCGUAUAGAGGUUCUAGAAGACGAUUUGUUUUUUGAAAUGCCAUCUCUUCAAGUGGUUUUUCUGUCCGGAAAUCCGAUACAUAUGCUUUCCGAAAAAACAUUUAGUGUCGUUGUAGGAAACGUACAUCUGCCAGGAAUUUCGACUUUUCCUCUUUUUUGCAAUUGUGAAUUGCAAUGGAUGAAAAAUUCUACUUUGCAGGAGAAUCUUGUGUUCAUGAAUAAUAUUCAAGGCAUCACGUGCAAAAGACCACCUCAUUUGCGCGGGAAACCGUUCUCUGACUUAUCCAAGGAACAUUUGUUAUGCUAACAUAUUUUGCUCUUUCAAUGGAAAGUGUGUUUUCA